CUAUUUACAGUGCCCGCUUCUCCACUGAUCAAACCUUUUACUCAUCCGACACCAAAUUUCAAUCCAAUCUCUUCUCUUGUUUCAAACUCCUCCCUUCCCUCCAACAGCGGUUUCCACCGAGCCUCCGUCGACGAUAUCGACGACCGUUUCCUCUGCCGCGGCGACGUCAACGCGACCGUCUGCCAUGGUUGUGUCGUCGCAGCAACAACCAACAUAACUCGCCUCUGUCCCAACGAUACCGAGUCCUACAUCUGGUACGACGAGUGUACGCUAAUCUACUCCAACAGCACCUUCAACAAUGAUGACAUAGUUCCCGGGAUUACCCUUAACGACGAAGGAAGCACCGUUAACUCAAAUUAG